CGAAUCACUAGUGGCCCUGUCCAAAACUUAGUGGGCCCACAAACAACCCAGAUAGGCAUCAAGUGGUACCUACACAAUAAACCUGAGUGGAACCCACAUAAGAAAACCCAGCCCCACAACUCGUAAAUUCAAAGGUUAAAAAGGUGUCUCUCUUUCUGUGGGGUCAAUAGAAUCCCCAUAGCCCCACUGCCUGGACUUUUAUCCGACGGCCACCACCUUCUCCUCUUUCUUUCUACUAUAAAACCCUAAAUCCUCUGCCAACAAAUCCAUAUUUUUUUCUGCUUUCAACUCUCAAAUGGACUCUCAAAUCGUCCUUCAUAGUUUACCCACCUCAAAUCACUCCCAGGAAACCCCAAACCUCAACUCAAUAGUUCCCACCACCGAUUCCCAGCCAAAGACCACCCAACACGCUCGAAAAUCCUCCAUCUCCAUCUCCAAAGACCGCCACACUAAAGUCAAUGGCAGGGGCAGGCGGGUUCGGAUGCCUGCUCUUUGUGCUGCUCGGAUCUUCCAGUUGACCCGAGAACUCGGCCACCGUUCUGAUGGUGAGACCAUAGAGUGGCUUCUCCGUCAAGCUGAGCCUUCCAUCAUAGCUGCUACCGGCACCGGUACUGUCCCUGCAGAACCCGUUUCCACCACUGCUGGUCCUACCCCGAUUUCCGUCUCUCCGCCCUCCAUUUCCUGUAAGGUUCAACCCGUGGGAAGCAGUACGGGGCAAGGGAUGUUCACGCUGGCUCCAUCUAGGCUAGACUUGGAGUAUCGGCACAUGCCGUUUACUGCAUUGUUGCUGCAGCCGGCAGCUAUGGUUGCGGCGGAGGCUGGUGAAAGGCGGCAGCAGGAGGAGAAUCAGGAGGUACUUGGAGAGAACGAGAACAAUACUCAUCAGCAGAAGAUAUAGGAAAUGGAAUGGAUUGGGUGGGUGUAGCCAUUUGCAUAUCAAAAAUAAUACUAUUUAUAUAUAAUAGGUGUAGUGUUGUUUUUGGAUGGUGGGUCAUAGUGUUUUUUUUUUUUUAAUCAAAUGUCUUCUUCUUUUUUCUUCUUUUGGGGUGAUUAGGUUGGAAGUGAAGGAGCUUGUUAGGAAUGGAAGAACAAAUUGAUGUGUAUGAAUCCUAUUUUUGGCCUGGAAUUUGUGGUGUAGGUUACCCUAAAUGGGGACCAUGGUGAAGUUAAAAUUGGACCCACCAUUAAUGAAUGUUAUUGAGAUGA